GCCAGUUCUUAUCUAAGCAGAGGUAGGCUGCCUCCGCUCUGGGAGUGAGAGAAGUCUUGAUAGUGCCCCAGAGGAGCUUUAUCACUUGGUCUCCAAUCCAGACUCUGGAAGGGGACUGGAACGGGUAAGGCAGGAGUUUUGGAUGGAGCUGUGGAGACUGGAGUUUUUCCUGAGAACUACUUACUCUUGAGUGGCUGUGGUUCCCUUACUCUGAGCUCCAUGAGGCCACAGGAAACACACGUGUGAAGGAGACAUUUGCCAUGGAAGCCAGGGAGCUGGAGAGCCCCACGCCAACCUACCGUCUCAUUCCUGAGGCCAGCCAGCCCAGGGAGAAAGAUGUCAGCAUGCAACCUCAACAGACUGCAGAAACUAUGCAGCUGAAAAAGGAGAUCUCUUUGUUAAACGGGGUCAGCCUGGUGGUGGGCAACAUGAUUGGCUCAGGAAUCUUUGUCUCACCCAAGGGUGUGCUGGUAUACACUGCCUCCUAUGGGUUGUCACUAGUCAUAUGGGCCAUUGGUGGGCUUUUCUCUGUUGUUGGAGCCCUUUGCUAUGCGGAGCUGGGGACUACCAUCACCAAGUCUGGGGCCAGCUAUGCUUAUAUUCUAGAAGCUUUUGGGAGCUUCAUUGCCUUCAUCCGCCUGUGGGCCUCCUUGCUAAUUGUUGAGCCCACCAGUCAGGCCAUCAUUGCCAUCACCUUCGCCAACUACAUCAUCCAGCCCUCGUUCCCCACCUGUGAUCCCCCGUACCUGGCCUGCCGUCUCCUCGCUGCUGCUUGCAUAUGUCUGCUGACAUUUGUCAACUGUGCCUAUGUCAAAUGGGGCACACGUGUGCAGGACACAUUCACUUAUGCCAAAGUCCUAGCGCUCAUUGCCGUCAUUGUCAUGGGCCUUGUUAAACUGUGCCAGGGACACUCUGAGCACUUUCAGGACGCCUUUGAGGGUUCCUCCUGGGACGUGGGAGACCUCUCUCUCGCCCUCUACUCUGCCCUCUUCUCUUACUCAGGUUGGGACACCCUUAAUUUUGUAACAGAAGAAAUCAAAAACCCAGAAAGAAAUUUGCCCCUGGCCAUUGGGAUUUCUAUGCCAAUUGUGACGCUCAUCUAUAUCCUGACCAAUGUGGCCUAUUACACAGUGCUGAGCAUUUCAGAUGUCCUUGACAGUGAUGCUGUGGCUGUGACAUUUGCUGACCAGACGUUUGGCAUGUUCAGCUGGACCAUUCCUAUUGCCGUUGCCCUGUCCUGCUUUGGGGGCCUCAAUGCAUCUAUCUUUGCUUCAUCAAGGUUGUUCUUCGUGGGCUCCCGUGAGGGCCACCUCCCAGAUGUACUGUCAAUGAUCCACAUUGAGCGUUUUACACCCAUCCCUGCUCUGUUGUUCAAUUGUACCAUGACACUCAUCUACCUCACUGUGGAAGAUGUUUUCCUGCUCAUCAACUACUUCAGCUUCAGCUACUGGUUCUUUGUGGGCCUGUCUGUUGCUGGACAGCUCUAUCUUCGCUGGAAGGAGCCUGAGCGGCUCCGGCCUCUCAAGCUGAGCCUGUUUUUUCCCAUCGUGUUCUGCAUAUGCUCCUUGUUUCUGGUGAUUGUGCCUCUAUUCAGUGACACCAUCAAUUCCCUCAUUGGCAUUGGGAUUGCCCUCUCUGGGGUUCCUAUCUACUUCGUGGGUAUUCAUCUGCCAGAGUCCCAGAGGCCACUCCUUUUUCGUAGUGUCCUAGCUGCUAUCACCAAAGUCACCCAGCAGCUUUGCUUUUGUGUCCUGACUGAGCUUGAUGUAGCUGAAGAGAAAAAGGUUGAAAGGAAAGCUGACUAGAGGCCAGAGGUGAUGUCCCUUGAGGCCUGGAAGGCCAGCUACAGCUACCAAACUCCAGAUGACAAGACUGCAGGCCCAACUCUCUUGUUCUAAAGGAGCCUGCAGGCCACAUUACGUAAGGGGGCUCAGGGCCAUUGGUCUGCUCUGGUGGUCAGAGCAGACUCAGGGUCUGAGGCCAGCCUGAAGGUGGGAACUGUAAAGAAAGUGGUGGUGGGGAGGGCUUGGGGUCAGGGGAAUAGUUUAGUUUUGUUUCUGGUGAGUAGGUGCAGCUUACCAAACACUUGGCAAGUUGCCCUGGGGAAAGAGGGAGUGCUUGGUUAAUAGCUGCGGCUGUUGAUUCUGAAUUUGUUAUGUGAGGUUUGAAUCAGAAGUCUCUAUAACAGGGGCUGCUUUAUGGGAAGUUUUCCUCUGACCAGGUCCAAGCACCUGACUGUAGAGGCCUAAAAUGCUACGAUUUCUUCAUGUGACUCACAAUCUUUCCCUGGAAAGACGGUUGUAUUCCAUUAUUUAUUGCUAUUAUUUAAUCCAGAACCCCAGUUCUAGCAAAGCAUUGGUGUUCAUUCAUUGACAGGAUGCAAUAGGCUGAUUGUGUUUAAAAAUUCAAAGUACCCCAAACUGAGUCCCUCUGCCCUUAGAGGUGUCUCUGUGUGGUGGUGGAUCAGACUCUGACCACGGAUUUUUUGCUUGGUUUUAGCACAUUCUUCUGUUGAGUCGUAGCCACAAAGGUGAACUUUAAACAUUUUUUUAAACUCAUGUAUCAGUUACACUUUAGUUAGUAGGUCACAGAUUACAAGCUCCUGGCUCAAAUCAGCAAGGACAAAUGAACAAAUUCAUGAGUCAGAAGCCUGGUAAUACUGCUAGUUUGAAGGAUAAUCCUUUAGUUUACUUAAGACCUUAGGUCUUUGUUCUAGAUGAUAGAAGGUAAGUUUCUGGGUUUCUGGUAUGAACUUUAAGAGGACAUGAACUGUUUUAGAAUUCAAGUGGAUUACCUGAAUUCUCUUAGCUGUCAUUGGCUUUAGAGACCAUCCAAGACCAUCUCUAAGCCACCAAAUAGCUUGUUUCUAUUAGGGCUGGUGUGAGGGAUGCUGUGCAGACCCACGCAAGCCUACCUUGGUGCUAGAAGUGGUCAUUUCCCUUUUCUGAAAACCUCACACCAUGCUGCAUGCUCCUUUUCCAUCCCCAACACUGGGCUUUGUUUACACUCAGAGCUGUCUUGAUGUGGAUCAUCGGGAUAGUGCAUUCCUGUCCUGUCUGCCUCCCCUUGCUGGAGGUUUGGUGGGCCUGCAGUCUCAGGAAGAGCUUGGUACUUGUGUGGACUUUUAUUUUCUCCCUGUGGAGAUCAGUGAAGACUUUGGGGGAAAAAGCUGCUUCAACCUCAAAUCUGGCUCCUCACCAGACUGCCUGAUUGGAAGCAACUAAUUCUGGUGCUCAGGCUGCGCUUUAGCAUCCAGGUCGGGCCAGAAGAGCAAGUUUGGCCUAACGGAUGUUCCUUUCCUCAUGAGCAGCCAUGGUUGUGGUGGACUGUACAACUGUCCUGUGAUGUGUCCAGAGGAACCUGCUGGUUUGGCUCAUCCCCUGCCUGGACUUCUUAUUCUUUGGUUUUAGAAUUGGUCAGUUGUAAAGACAAGAACUGAAGCAAUCUCCCUUUCUGACCAUUCUUUUCCACCAAAAGGCCCCAGUCGCAGCCAGGGGAGUGACCUUGGUCAUACUUGCUCAAUAAAGACAAUCAGGGGAGCAUGAUCAUAGCAGUCUUCGGUUCAGGGCAUGCAUGGAGGAGAAAACGAGAGGAAAUUCCUACUGCCAUGAGUUGGGGCAAUAGGGAAUCUGUGCAAAGGCUGACUUGAGUAGACUAUGUAAACAUCCCUCCUGUCUGAGCCAAGAUGGCACUUUUCCCAGGGAUCCUCUGGAGCUAAUCAUUGAAGUGGUGUGUGCCUGUCUUGAGGAUCCCUGACCAAGGGUUUAGCUUUCUCCAUUCAAGUAACUGACCAGCUUGUCCCAAGAACUCACUGUCUACCCCCCUCCAUGCUUCUCCUGGGGGAAGCAUGGGCCUCACACCCUAAGUGACCCCAUACAAACUUAGUGAGCCAUGUCAUUCCCCCUCUCAUUACUGGAUGGCAACUGCAUUCUUCCCCUCUGUGCUGGAUACAGACUUCCCCAGGAACCCUUCUGUGGGAGGGAAGCCAGAGACUCCCUACGGCACUCAAGCUUUGUGGUGGAAUUAAAUUUCUCCAAGGUC